AUCAGGGCGUGUGAAUGGCUUUCCUUCUCGUUCGUCCAUUUACAUGUAAAUAUAUACCGCUUGCACACUUUCAUUUGGGUUUUUUUUAUUCAUUCGUUGUUUGGUUUCUGAUUAGCUUGUCAGUAUACUAGAGGAGAGGAUGGCAGAGCCAGCACAGAGCGCCAACGCGCCGACGAAGGAUGCGCCUGUGAGGCCGCCUGCGACACCUGGCGCAGUGCGGAAAAAGUACCCUAAGGGUGUCGUGUUGGGGAAAGAUGGGAAGCCUUGCCGUUCCUGUACCUCUUUCGCCGCCUGGUCCGCAAUGGCCGCCUCCGAAACCUCCAACUCUCCAGCUGCCAAAGGCAAAACCACAAAAAUACCCGCUGCCCUGCCUGACGAUUGCCCUCCCGAUGUCGAAGCCCUCGGACGCGCCUCCUGGAUGCUCCUGCAUAGCAUCACCGCAGCGUAUCCGGAGAAGCCUACACUCGCUGAGCAAUCCAGCGCCAUGUCCUUGGUGAAGUCGCUCGGGAAGCUAUACCCGUGUACCUGGUGCGGCGAGGACUUUCAGAAGUAUAUGGAGCGCGAGAAGGUGCGGGUGGGGAGUAGGGAUGAGUUUGGGAGGUGGAUGUGCGAGGCGCAUAAUGAUGUGAAUGUGAAGCUAGGGAAGAAGACGUUUGAUUGUGAUAAGUGGGAGGAGAGGUGGAGGACGGGGUGGAAGAAUGGGAGGUGUGGAUAAAUGGGAAGCCAGGAACGGGGUGCUGGUGGUUUAUGAUAAUGAUAUAUGGUUGUGUAUGCAUUGAGAAUGGCGUUUAGGGAACUGGUAAUAGCUGGUAUGGCGCCCCCGUGGGGAAUCCCUACUCACCUGUCUGGAUAUGGCUUUAUAGUAACAAUCCGAGAAAUAUCCCCCUUUCAAUGCAGCGGUACAAUAUCACAGGUGGCCAAUGUCGACGGUGACGCGAUGAUUGCGUGGGCUGUAUGCAGUAGGUGAGACAAUGGUUUCUGUGGCGCUGGAUAGUAAGAAUGAUACAUGCCCCUCGUUAUAAU